AAUAGUGUUCGAAAGCGAUGGGGGAGGGGCCAAAUGACCUUUGUGUGGAGAGUUAUUGCACCCAGAGUUGGGAGAGUGGCAUAACUCCCGGAAAGCGAGUGAAAAGAGAAAGUGAAAUGAAUUGUGAGACGAAGAGAUAAAAGCGAAAGGAACGAACUGACUAAUCUCAGUUUUCCAAGAAAGCGACGGCGCCAGAAGUCAAUUACAAAUGGAGAACAUUAGCGACGUGACCGUGUCGACAUUCGACAAAUCCAGAUAUAUUAAACCCGUCAGGUUACAUUACAAACAGAAUAACCGAGAGAAAGUCAUAGAUGUUUUAAAAGAACAUGAUAGUGUCUGUGUCUUGUUGUUCAACCGGCAGCGACAAGUUUUGUUGUUUGUCAAGCAAUUCCGUCCUGUCAUAUACAUGAACCGAAGUUGCAUGCAUGAAGAGAAAGGAGUUCAGAAGAUUGACACCUCAAAGUACACUGGUGAACUAGGAAUAACGACCGAAUUGUGUGCUGGCAUAGUAGACAAAAAUAUCUCCUUACAGGAAGUGGUCCAGGCAGAGAUCCUUGAAGAAUGUGGAUACGAAGUGCCUUUGGAUAAUAUUGAAAGAGUUGUGUCCUACAGAGGGGGUGUCAGCACUACAGGUGCACUCGUUACCUUUUUCUAUGCUGAGAUCGAUGACAAAAUGAGGGUCAGCAAGGGUGGAGGGGUUCCAGAGGAAGGAGAAAUGAUUGAACUUUUGGAAGUCCCUGUGAAAAACGCUAAAGCGUUUGUGAUGGAUGAAUCUGAGCCUAAACCUGGUGGCUUACAUUUUGCGAUAUAUUGGUUUUUUGAUACAAAAUGGAAGGAGUGAAAUAUGUAUAUAUGCACUAUAUAAUUAAACAUAUUUGCAUAUUUUAUGAA